GAAAUUCACAAAGAGAAGCAGCCGAACAUGGCCGAGACGAGCAAGCUUCUUCUUCUUUCUUUCUCUCUCUACAAUCGGCCUGCCAUUAAAGAAGAAGAACUCCAAUAUUAUAACGCUUCACCCUAAACCCUAGACACCCACUUCUCCCCCUUCUUUUUCUCUCUCUUUUCUAUUCAUAUUCCGUAUUCUUGAAGCAAUCCAUUGAUUCACUUCUCCCUCCAUCGUCAACCAGUUUGAAUUUUGUUUUUUUUAUUUCUUUCUUUCUCUUUUUAUGAUUUUCCUGAGCCAUUUUGCGACGGGAUCCGCUGUUGGAAGGCGGCGUUGAUGAAGCUUCUUCGUCGAUGCCAGAGGAUUCUCAUCCUCUCUCUGCUUUCUCUCUCUGUUCUUGCUCCUUUGAUUCUCGUUUCUCACCGUCUCAAGACCAUCACUUCUAUUGGGCGGAGGGAGUUCAUCGAUGAUUUAUGGAGCAUGAAGCGGAGAGAUGUUGAAGCACUGAACUCAGUUGAACAGGAAGCGGGCGAGAGCUUGAAAGAACCCAAACCUAUUGUUUUUGAAGAUAAAGAUUUUCAAUCUAAACAAGGAAUCAACUCUCUAGAAUUUGGAAGUAAACCCAGCAAAGAACAGAAGGAUAAAUGGUUCGAGGAUGGUGGGGAAAAGAAGCAUUCUUAUAAGGAAACUGGACGACAUGAUAGUAAUCUUCAUGGUCAGUCAAGGGGAGUGAGAGACGUGGAGAAAGAGAUAAAAUAUCCACAACAUAAUCGGAGUGCUGCCAAGCGUGAUAAGAAUGCACAGAUAGCCCAGUCUAGAUCUGUAGAUUAUAAGGUAAAGGAGAUCAAAGAUCAACUGAUAAGAGCAAAAGCCUACCUAAGUUUUGCCCCACCAGGUAGUACUGCUCAUCUGAUGAAAGAGUUAAGGCAACGAGUCAAAGAGUUGGAGCAUGCAGUUGAGGAAGUUACUUGUGAUUCAGAUCUGCCAAAGAGUGCUUUGCAGAAAAUGAAAAAUAUGGAGUCUUCAUUAGUAAAAGCAGGCCAUGCUUUCCCAGACUGCUCGGCAAUGUCUUCAAAGCUUCGAGCUAUGACUGAAAAUGCUGAAGAGCAAGUUCGUAUGCAAAAGAAACAAACUACUUAUCUUCUAAAUCUUGCUGCAAGAACCACCCCUAAAGGUUUUCAUUGUCUGUCGAUGCGAUUGACUUCUGAAUACUUUGCUUUGCAACCUUCGGAGAAGCAGCUGCUUGAACAACAAAAGUUGCAUGAUACUAAAUUGUAUCAUUAUGCCGUCUUCUCUGACAAUGUUUUAGCUUGUGCAGUUGUCGUCAACUCCACUAUUUCAAGUGCUACGGAGCCGGAGAAAAUUGUCUUCCAUUUAGUGACCAAUUCCUUGAACUUACCAGCAAUGUCCAUGUGGUUUUUACUAAAUCCUCCCGGAAAAGCAACGAUUGAGGUCCUGAGCAUGGAAGACUUUAAAUGGCUGUCCACUGAGUAUGAUUUAGGAUGGAAGAUGCAAAAUUCAAGUGACCCAAGGUUUACUUCUGAACUAAAUUUUCUUCGGUUCUAUCUACCGAAUAUAUUCCCUUCAUUGGAUAAGGUCAUACUUCUUGAUCAUGAUGUGGUGGUGCAAAAGGAUUUAUCUGGUUUGUGGCACGUUGAUAUGAAGGGGAAGGUAAAUGCUGCAGUUGAAACUUGUCAAGAUAGUGAAGUUUCUUUUCUACGGAUGGAUAUGUUUAUCAACUUCUCAGAUCCAGUAAUUAAGAAUAAGUUCAACAAUAAGGCAUGCACGUGGGCAUUUGGGAUGAACUUAUUUGAUCUCAGAAGGUGGAGGGAAGAAAAUCUAACCGCACUCUAUCAUAAAUAUCUACGAUUGAGUAACGAACGGCCAAUCUUGAAGGGUGGAAGCUUGCCAUUGGGGUGGGUUACAUUCUACAACCAGACCACGGCGCUGGAGCGACGGUGGCAUGUGCUUGGACUUGGCCAUGACUCUACCGUGCUGCUAGACGUCAUACGGAAGGCAGCUGUUAUACACUUUGAUGGUGUUCGGAAGCCAUGGUUAGAUAUUGGAUUUGGAGAGUACAAAGAGUUGUGGAGCAAAUAUAUGGACUUCAACAACCCAUAUUUGCAACAAUGCAACAUCCACGGGUAAUUAAUAGCCAACAAAAACAAAACAAAGCUUAGAGAUUUGAUUAGAUGUGACAUUUAGUUACUUUUUUUUUUCUUAGGAGGCUGCAUAAUUCUCUCCAUUCUUUCUUAUACUUCUAUAACAAUUCUUCAUGUAAAUUGCAACUCAUUCUUUCCCCCAAAGUAUGUAUUUUCUUUUUUUACCAUAAUCUUGUAGGGAAGUUGAAUUAUAGUAAUGAUUGAAAAUAAGAAAUUCCACCUUUGGUUUGGUUAGCCUAAUUUUGUACAUAAAAAACAAAAAUUAGGAAACUUUUUAAUCAAGCUAGCUUUCCCCUC